GUGCUCUUCACCGCUUUUCUAACCCUAACACAGCAAUGUUUACCGGCGUUAUAUGCUCAAGUGUGACCAUUUCCCUUUAACAGCGUUUACCAAUUUUCAAUCGUCUUCGUGUUACAGCCAUGUCAGCAGCAGGCGGCGAUACUGGUGGCAGUAAUCCGUUCAGCAACCUCGAAAAGACUUCGGUACUUCAAGAGGCACGCACCUUCAACGAGACUCCAGUUCACCCACGAAAAUGUGCGGAGAUACUCACCAAGAUCCUCUACCUGUUGAAUCAGGGGGAAGUCCUGGGGACAAGGGAGGCCACAGAUGCCUUCUUCGCCAUGACCAAGCUGUUCCAGUGCCGAGAUCCGGUGCUCCGGCGCCUGGUCUACCUUGGCAUCAAGGAGCUCUCCAAGGUUGCCGAGGACGUCAUCAUUGUGACCAGCAGUCUAACCAAGGACAUGACCGGCAAGGAGGACCUGUACCGUGCUUCAGCGAUAAGGGCCCUCUGCAAGAUCACCGAUAGCAGCAUGCUUCAGGCCAUCGAACGUUACAUGAAGCAGGCCAUUGUGGACAAGAACCAUGGAGUGUCCAGUGCUGCCUUAGUCUCAUCACUGCAUCUGAUGUUUGUCAGCCCAGACGUGGUGAAGCGGUGGGUGAAUGAGGCACAAGAAGCAGUCAACUCUGACAACAUCAUGGUUCAGUUCCACGCCCUGGGCCUCCUCUACCACAUUCGCAAGAGUGACCGGUUGGCAGUCUCCAAACUGGUCUCCAAGUAUGCACGGUCAGCCCUCAAGUCGCCCUAUGCAGUCUGUAUGCUGAUCCGAAUUGCGAGCAAGCUGAUUGAAGAAGACGGUGUUGGACCGGAAAGCCCCAUGUUUGCAUUUGUGGAGAGCUGCCUGCGGCACAAGAGUGAAAUGGUCAUCUACGAGGCAGCGCACGCCAUCGUCAACCUGCGGUCCACCACCACGCGCGAGCUCACGCCGGCCGUGUCAGUGCUCCAGCUCUUCUGCAGCUCCCCCAAGCCCACGCUGCGUUUCGCAGCCGUCCGCACACUAAACAAGGUGGCAAUGGCACACCCGGCGGCAGUGACUGCGUGUAACCUCGACCUCGAGAACCUGAUCACAGACGUGAACCGGUCCAUUGCGACGCUGGCCAUCACAACGCUGCUCAAGACGGGCAGCGAGAGCAGCAUAGAGCGGCUCAUGAAGCAGAUAACCUCCUUUAUGUCGGACAUCUCGGACGAGUUCAAGAUUGUCGUCGUCCACGCCAUCCGGUCACUGUGCCAAAAGUUUCCCCGCAAGUUGCUGGUGCUGAUGACGUUCCUGGCAUCAAUGCUGCGCGACGAGGGCGGCUUCGAGUACAAGAAGGCCAUUGUAGACACUGUCAUUCACAUCAUUGAGGACAACCCAGAGGCUAAGGAUGUUGGGCUGUCACACCUGUGUGAAUUCAUUGAGGACUGCGAGCACACAAGCCUGGCGGUGCGCAUCCUCUGCCUGCUCGGCCGCGAGGGACCCCAGGGAUCCACGCCGUCCCGCUACAUCCGUUUCAUGUACAACCGACUCAUCCUGGAGAAUGCCCCUGUGCGUGCCGCUGCGGUGAGUGCCCUGGCGAAAUUCGGUGCACACUGUGACGACCUGCUGCCCAACAUCCUGGUGUUGCUUGAACGCUCGCUCCUCGACACGGACGACGAGGUGCGCGACCGGGCUGCCUACUUUCUUCACGUUCUCAGGCAACGGCAGAAGGCCCUGGGCACCCGCUACAUCCUUGACGGACUGCAGGUUUCUAUAGUGGGCCUUGAGAAGGCAUUGCAGCACUAUGUUGCCGAGUCAGGCGAUGUUCCGUUUGACAUCAACAGUGUUCCCAUCGCCACACAGCCCAUUGAGAAGAAGCCACAAGCAUCUAUUGUGGCAGCUGGUACCUUUGGACCGGCCGUCAAGAUGGUCGUGCUCACGCCUGUUCUUGACACCAGCCCACCUGGUGAGGCUGUACCUAAGGGCAAACCGGACAAAGUGGCUGCAUCUAGGCAAGAUCUGUAUGCAGAACAACUGGCCAACAUUCCCGAGCUCGUGGCUCUUGGCUUGGGCCCACUGUUCAAGUCCUCACCUGCUGUGAGCCUCACAGAGUCCGAGACGGAGUACGUUGUCAAGUGCAUCAAACACGUCUACAGCAGGCACAUUGUAUUACAGUUCGAUUGUACCAACACACUCAACGACCAGAUUUUAGAGCACGUGCGUGUAGCUGUGGAGCCAGCGGAAGGCUUCCAUGUUAUCGCAGAGGUGUCCUGUUCCAAGCUGGUGUACAAUGUUCCUGGGACAGCGUAUGUCUGCCUCGAAAUGGAGCUCGAAGAUCCUCUCCUGGUUGCAGGGACAUUCAGCAACACAUUGAAGUAUCUGGUCAAGGACUGUGACCCUAACACUGGUGAACCCGAUGAUGACGAAGGUUAUGAGGACGAGUAUGUGCUGGAAGACCUUGAGCUAACAGUGGCAGAUCAUGUACAGAAGGUUCUCAAGGCCAACUUUGCCGCCUCCUGGGAAGAGCUUGGCAAUGACAACCAAGUGGAGGACACCUAUGCUCUCAGCACAAUGAAGACAUUGCAAGACGCUGUACAGCAGAUCAUCCAGUUCCUGGGCAUGCAAGUGUGCGAACGCUCGGACAAGGUGCCCGACGGCAAGAGCGCGCACACGCUACUGUUGGCUGGUGUCUACCGGGGUGGCCACGACGUUUUGGUGCGGGCACGGCUGGCAACCACGGGCAUUGCACAAGGUGUCACCAUGAACCUCGCCGUGCGGAGCAAAGACCUCGAUGUCUGCCAGGUCAUCAUCUCCGCGGUCGGAUAGGAAAAAAAAAGAGAGAAAAGAGAAAAGGACUAGCGUUAUAGACUUUUUUUUUUGUCUGUCUCUAUUUCUGUGGCGCCUCCGAAGAAUUCCACUCGGUGACCAUCGCACCUCUUGCUGCCGCUCUUUUCAACACGAAUGCCAAUUCAGCCAGGAAGUGCAAAAAGGCAACACUCGCAAAAAAACCUGGUGUCUUAUGGGGCGAUGUAGCAGGCUGCCUUCCUUGUAGAGAUCGUCUGACAUUCCUGAGUGCUUUCCGUUUCUGUCAUAUGUCGAGUGUGCAAGAAUUUUUCUUUUUGCAGUAAUCUUUCUACAUUUCAAUUCCUCUAUGUUCCAAGCAUUUACGAGAGUCUGUCUUGCCAAGAAACCUCCGGAGUAGUAGAUGGCAUGUAACAUCCCCGGAGGCCAUAUCGGUGAACCAUUCGCUGCACCUUCAUUGAACAUUUAAGAGGUAAACGAGAAAUGAGCAGGCCAAAAUUUACGCAGCUCUUUGCUAGGGUUAGUGGUUCACCAGCAUGGCAAUCGUGAUGGCAUCGGUACAAGACAUCUGCACUUGUGUUCUUGGGAGGCUUUCUUUUUUUUUUUUUCUCAUGGCCCACAUAUGUCGAACAUUAGGUGAUCAAUUUUGUAAUGCAUUGUAACGUAAAAGGCGGUUACAGAAAAGUUAAUCUCUAAAGCUACGGUAUUCGACCGCUCAUGUCACCACGUUUUCUGUUUGUAAAUUCAGUUACAAGGGGUGCAAUACAGCCGUAGCAACGAGAUGUGAAAGUCUGGUCCGGUUCAUUUCCCUCCAAUUAUAAUUUGAUGCCAGUGCCUGCCGAUGAUUUUCAUAUUUGUUGUCAUUCAAGAGCAGAAGCGAGGGCCUUCCCGCCAGCGUAGCGUACUUUGAACAAGCGCAAUUAACCAGAGCAGUCCUGGCCUGGGCUUUGUGUUCUUGCGACCCUAAGGGAACCUAGACCUUUCUUUUUUUUUUAUUUGCCUCGGCUUGUUGAGAAUUGGCCGCCAAUGCUGUUGUAUGGCCAAUAAAUGUACAUAUAGGCUGACCUGGAUGCCGAACAGGGCUUUUGUCAUCCGUCUCAUUGCAGACGAGACGAUUUUUUUUUCUUUGAAGAACUGUAAUGCCUGAAGUAAAACAAAAAGUUGUCAUAUA